AUGGACGGGAACGACGACGAUGAUAACAGACAGCCUACCGGCAGUAAUAAUCCCUUCGUGCAGGAAGACGAAGAUCUCCCAACAAAUGUCCGCCCUCACACAGCAGAUAAUGGCGGUGAUGUCGAUCAAGACGAAAGAUACUUCAAGACUGAUAGUGGUCCUGAAGAAAUGUUUGCUGUCGGUCGUCGUACCCAAGCCCAAGAAGCUAUUUCCGCCGAACGCCAAAGAUUUGCUCAUGGCCAGUGGAGCGAUGCACUCAUGACUCGAGGUGGAAACAUUGCCCCCGAGGCUCCCAUGGGUGUUCGUGCCGAUGGAAACAUUGCUCCCGAGGCUCCUGUUCGUGCCGGUGGUUAUAGUACUUUUAAUUUUGACCCUGCUGGAAGAGCUGCUAGCAGUGUUGCCGAUGGCCAUUCCCGUAUUUGGAACCAAGACCCGACUCGCGCUGGAAAUAACAAUAACACUGCUAGUACCAGUGCAACUGCUGCCCAAAGAGGCCAUAACAAUCAAGCAUUCGAGCUAGCUGGAAGAGCUGUUAGGGGACAUUCUAAUGCCGAGGACAUGGCCCGUAUUUGGAACCAGGCGCAAGGAGCCCACGUUAGAGGAGGAGGUCUAACCUUCCCGGACAGCAAUGUGCAUGGAAGCAAUGGUUCCAGCCAGGCCGCCCGCCGCAGAGGUGUAGCUCAGAAUGCCGGUGCACCAGAAGCUAGAUCCGCUAUCCCUGCUGGUCUUCCCGCCCCCGGACCCGCCCCCGUUGCACCAAUGGCACCGAUGGCACCCAUGCCCGCCGCCUCCAUCCCCACCGCCUCCAUCUUCACCACCUUACAAACCAUCCGCAAAGCCGAGAACGGCAACACCUGGCAUCUCAUCUGCGAAGAGCACAUUGCCAAGCGGCCGGAAACCAAGCAGCUCCGCCAAGGGCGCAGCAUCCCGCCUCCCGCGGCCUCCGCCGAAUGGAACGUCUGGACCGUGGGGUCCCUCGAGUUCGAGCAUGUCCAGGGUGGCCUUCACCUCGAUUACCUUCGCGAAGUGCUUCUGCGCCAGGAUGGCGUCAGCCGCAAGAAGGUGAACAGGGCUACCCUGGUAGGCCUUGUUCGCGCUGAGAGGUGCCGUCAGAUUAACAGCGGGAUGGUGAUGAGGUGCCCGGUGGGGUGGGUAGAGGAUGGGCAUUGGUACAUUUAUGUCCAGCCCAUCUAG